CCUCGUAUAAGAAGAAAAAUGCUGCCGGACAUUAAAGGCUGUUAGUUUCUUUUGAUCAUUUCCUUUGGACACUCUCGGAAUUUUUUUUUUUUUUUUACCAGUUUUCGUAUGGAUUACAGCUCUAAAUAAACGAUUUUGGAUUACAGCGACAUUACAAUGAGACGCCAAGCACCGUUGUUGAUCUUGGUUCUUUUUCUCACCUCGGUGUUCGGGCAAGUCAGCUACUCUAUUCCCGAGGAAAUGGAAAAGAGUUCACUGGUUUGUAAUUUAGCUCAGGAUUUAGGUUUAGAUGUUAAACGUCUCAAAUCGGGCAGAGCUCGUAUUCAUUCGGGAGACAGUGAAGAAUAUAUCGAGCUGAACAGAGACAGGGGCGUCCUCCUUAUCAAGGAGAGAAUAGACAGAGAAACGCUGUGUGGAGAAACGACGCCAUGUGCUUUACAUUUACAGAUGAUUUUGGAAAACCCAAUGGAAUUGUUUCGCAUAACAAUAGAAAUCACAGAUGUAAAUGAUAAUGCUCCUAGCUUUGCGUCGAAUGAGAAACGUUUUGAAAUCAGCGAGUCAGCCGUCAUUGGGUCUAAAUUUGUACUGGAGAAAGCCAUCGAUGCUGACAUCGGUACAAAUGAUCUUCAAAGCUAUUCGCUAAAUCCAACAAAUAAUUUUGCAUUGAAACUAGAGAAUCAAGCGGACGGGAGUAAAAAGGUAGAAAUGGUUUUACAGAAGCCUCUAGAUCGAGAGCAUCAGGAGCAUAUAUCAUUGUUAUUAACUGCUAUAGAUGGUGGACAGCCGCGCAUGUCAGGCACAAUGCAGGUAAUUGUAAACGUGUUGGAUGCAAAUGACAAUGCACCGGUUUUCACCAAGUCAGUUUACAAGGCAACAAUAACGGAGAAUUCCCCGAGGGGAACCAGCGUUAUAACUGUUAGUGCUUCUGACAAAGAUGGGGGCUCGAAUGGAGAAAUAUCAUAUGUCAUCUCAAAUAGCAAGCGUCGAUUAUCCGAAUUAUUUCAGAUCGAUAGAAAAACAGGGGAGGUUAUCUUGAUCGGUGAAAUAGAUUAUGAAAAAACAAAGCUCUUCCAAAUUGAUAUCGAGGCAAUAGAUAAUGGAGGACUCUCUGACUCCAGUAAAAUAUUAAUCGAUAUCACUGAUGUCAAUGACAACAGUCCGCAGUUGAAAAUACUCUCUAAAUCAGACACCAUUUCAGAGGACUCUCCUGAGAAUACUGUAAUUGUUAUGCUAAGCGUAAAUGAUCCUGACUCUGAGAGGAAUGGAGAAGUGAAGUGUAGCAUUAAUGAUGACAUUCCUUUGAAAAUACAAAACACUAUGAAUGGAUUUUAUAGUUUACUUACAGAGGUCGCUUUAGACAGAGAGAGAUCCUCUGAGUAUAAUAUAACAGUGACGUGCUCUGAUGAGGGAGUGCCCUCCCUCUCCAGCAGCGUCACUCUCACCUUACAGAUCUCUGAUGUGAAUGAUAACGCGCCUGUCUUUGAGAGGAGCUCAUAUGAGGCCUACAUUGUAGAAAACAACACACCAGGCCUCUCUAUAUACACAGUGAAAGCCAGAGAUGCUGACUGGAACCAGAAUGCUC